GCCCCGAGGAAACUGUUUGAAUGGACGGUGAGCCCUACUGGCCAAUGGUCGAGCCGUCAACUGUACGGAGGGGUGUGUGUUGGGGUGGAGGGGGUUAACAUGUAGUACUAGGUGUAAGCGUCCGUGUCUGGAGUGUGAUAGAUACACGGGAGAUUGUGUGGGACAAUGUAGGGAUGGUUUCUGUGGACCUGGAUGCUUACAGCGAUGUCCAUACCCAUGUUUCUAAGUGUGAUAAAAGCACUGGAGUGUGCUUGAACAAUUCGCCUGAUGAUAUUGACCAAAGCUCGUCACACAGCAUCAACAUGUCACACAGCAGUCCAGAGUUUCACCAACACUUUGUAAUGCCGUCAACAUCUUUCAGUGACAGAUGGACAACAUCCCCAUACUUUCCAACAGCAAUUGCUGUAUUAGCUGCAGUAAUUACCUUCAUUAUUGUCGGUUUCAUCUUCCACAGAAUGAAGGUGACGAUGGAGCAAAAGGGGAAAGGGGAUCAGCUUGUAAACUCAUCACAAACCAAGAGAUUAAUCGGCUCUUAUAAUUCCAAAGUGAUGAGUUUCAAUGAACCCAUUAUCAUUGAUGUGCCUGGAGAUUCAUAAAUAAAUGCAAGUUAUGAAUACUUUGUCGAGAUUACCAAACAUUUUCGAAAGGUCAAAGACCUUGCUUUCUUAGUGUUGUUGCUAUACUAGUAUAUGUAUUUGCUGAGAGAGUAAAUGGAGGCACAAGAGGUGAUGGUAAAAUGUUCUGAUUUUAUUUACUUCAGCUUUGUGUGGUGAAACUGAACUUGGCGUAGGCCACAACUCUGACUGAAAGUAUAAAAAACUGUCUGACGAGUGAUUUUGGUCGUGAUGGAUGUUGAUAUUUAUAUGAUUUCAAGUCAACUAUAUGAUGGAUUAAUAAAAUUAAAAGGUUGAA